UUUUUUUCUCUCUCUCUUAUUUUUUUUUUCCCUUCUUUUUUCUUUUCCCUUUUCUUUUCGUUAACAAUAUGUCUUUACUCCUAACAAAGACUUGUGAAUACGCUAUUCUAGUAACCAUCCAACAAGGUCGUUAUUUUCAAACGGAUGCGACAAUCAAGAUUGAAACCGAACUAGAUUUGAAAUUACCACCUUCGAUUGACGAUUUGAUUCCCACCAAAACGAAUAUAUGUUCACCUCCUUCCAAAGUGGACAACCAUGGGAACUGUAGCUUCAAUGUUUCACUUGUUUAUUUUGUUUCGCACAAACAGUUGACUAGAUUAAGAAGAAAUGAAGCAACCAUGAGCAUUUGUGUAAAGAAGGAAGAUAAACACAACAACAAAAUAGUCUUCUUAAUAGCAGAUGCAAAAGAGGUCAUUCCUCAAUCCGAACAUAAAUUAGACCACAUUUACAAAUUUGUAGCCGAUAAAGGCGCGUGGUGUACCAUAGCUAAAACUCGACAACAGCUGAAAGUAGGACUAUUUUAUGUAGCCAUGCCAGACAAUAACCAUUCGAGUAACAAUAGUAUUGUAUUAAAUACGCCUUGUAUACAAUUAAGAUCUCCACCUCCUACUCCUAUCAUGCCAAAAAGAGUGACUGCAACGAAUAGUAAUCGAAAGAAAAAAAUCAGUUCAAUUCUAGGCACAUCGAAUUCUGUUAUUAGUUGUGCAACAUCAAUCAUUAGUACAACUACAACAAAUACAGGCAGAAAAAAGAAACCGUCCGUUAACAGCAGUAGCAGUAGCAGUAGUCAUAGCAACAAUGAACCACAAAAGAUCCCUUUGAGACGCACUAAGUCUUCACUGGUAGACCUGAAUAUCGAAGAACUUGCCAAUGUAUUAAAAAAGAUGAAUAUAUUUUCUUCCGACAAACAGGCACCACCACUACCAUUACCAUUGUCACCCUCCGUUAGCAUCCCACCAGAGCAAUCAUACCAUCAGAUUGGCAAAGGCACACUGCAGUAUACGUUUUAUUUCAAGAUUAUGUUUGUGGACCAUUUCAAACAAAAUCUGCUUCGCCAGUCCACACCCAUUACCAGCAAAAAAAUUCAGUACCUGAAGAAGCCUUAUUUUGGUUACUCGUUUUUAUCAAAUUAUAAUUUAUCACCUGUUGCGUCGAUUAAUUUACCAAAUCAACAUGACGGUAAAUGCUGUUUCCAGUUACGUGGUCAUUUUAUUGAUAUUCAGAACUGGUUUCACGCACAAAACUCCAUCGAGCUAAGUUACAUUAUUACAGACAAGUACACUAAAGAGACUGUGGGCAAAGCAAGAGUUCCCCUAAAAUCACUUGAUUCAAAGAUAUCUGAUAAAAUAUAUUCGGUUCAUGAUCUGGACAAGGAAUCAGUGAUUGCUAAAGUCACUGUGCGCAUUGGUCUGGUGAGUGGUUGGCACAAGGAAGAAGAAUACGAAAAGAUUGAUACAAGAGAUGAUCCAUGGGAUAUAUUUAAUAAUAAAAAACAGAGACAUCAUUCACAAUCUUCAGUACCCACUUUAUUAACAAGUUCAACUACUUCCUCGACAAAAUCAUCCACCAAUAACCAAGUACCUUCCAUACAAUAUAUACAGCGUCCAUCUCUAAAGAAAUCCAAAUACAUGACAUCCUACAAAUAAUUACCUCUUUCUUUUCUUUUCUUGUAUAUAAUCUACCCUU